CACGAAGCAUGCUGCGUGCACUGCCUUUGCUUUUGCUCGCGGGCGCGGCUGUCGACGCGUGCACCGUCAUUGCUGUGACCAAGGGUGCGUCGGCCGACGGCGCUUCGCUGACAGCGCACACGGACGAUACGGGCGGCGGCGCCGUGGACCUCCGUGUGGCGCAUGUUCCGGCCAAGGACCACGCGCCGAAUGCAACCCGCCCCGUGUACGACUACACGGCAGGGUACCCGCGCCUCGUCACUCAUGAGCGUGGACCGCACUACGCGCCUGCGGAGGGCCAAACGCCGAUGGUGCCACUGGGCUUUAUCCCGCAGGUGGCGCACACGUAUGCGUACUUUGAUCAAGUGUACGGCCUCAUGAACGAAGCGCAGCUCAGCAUCGCAGAGAGCACGUGCUCGGCCCGCACGGUGGGCUGGCCCGCGAGCAAGCCGUUUGGCUACAACCUCUUUAGCAUCGCGGAGCUCUCCAAGCUCGCGCUCGAGCGCUGCGACAGCGCCCGCUGUGCCAUCCACACCAUGGGCAAUGCCGCCGUCCAAUAUGGGUUUUACAGCACGGACAGCGGCGAGCCAUCCGCGCCCGGGUACGACGACUCGUCCGAAACCCUCGUCAUUGCCGACAAGUACGGCGAGACAUGGGUCUUUCACGUCCUCACCGGGCCCCAGAACGCCAGCGCAGUCUGGGCAGCGCAGCGUGUGCCCGACGGCCACGUGACGGCGGUGGCCAACUUCUUUACGAUUCGGACGCUCAACCUCUCGGACAGUGACUCGUUCUUGGCGUCAUCGAACGUCGAGUCGUUUGCGCAAGAGAUGGGGUGGUGGCACCCAGCGGACGGUCCAUUUGACUUUACAAAGGCGUACGCACAGCCCGUCGAGGGUCCCGUGGUGCCGCUCUACGGUGGCCGUCGCAUCUGGCGCAUUUUCGAUACGUUUGCUCCGUCUCUUGGUUUGGAUUCGACGCUCGGGAGCCUCCCAGAGACGCCGACGUACCCAUUCUCGGUCAAGCCCGACGCGCCUGUGUCCCUGAACGACGUCAUGGAGCUGCUCAAGGACCACUACGAAGGCACGCCGUAUGACAUGACCAAGGGCGUUGCUGCCGGGCCCUUUGGAUCGCCCUUGCGCUACGACUCACCGGCCCACGGUGUCUCGGGUGGGUGGGAGCGCUCGAUCUCAAUGCACCGGACGCUCUACAGCUUUGUCCACCAAGUGUUUCCAGAUGCUGCGUCACGGGGCUUCAUCUGGUACGGUCAAGGCGCGCCUCAUGGCACCGUGUACCUUCCGUUCUCCAGUGCCCAGACGACGGUCCCCACGCCGUAUCUGCUCGGUACACAGAGCCGCUUUGACGCCGGCAGCCUCUGGUGGGUGCACGCGUUCGUCAACAACUGGUGCGCGCUUCGCUACGACGUGAUGAACGCCGAUGUCCGACGCGUGGCGAAGAGCCUUCAGGAGUCGCUCAUGGCGACGGCGCCGACCAUCGACGCGCGGGCUUUUGCUACAUGGCACCAGAAUGCCGCCGACAACUUGCUGCGCGAGUGGUGGGCGCUCGCGUGGCGCCUUGUGAGCACGUACACCGACGGGUACGCGACAACGGGCGAAGGCCCCGACGAGAUGCGCGCGAUCGGGUACCCCGCCUGGUGGCUCCAAGCCUCCGAGUACCGCGCGUGGCCGGGCCAGUCGUUCCAGCCACCGCCCACGCAGCUGGACGCGACCUCCUCGGUGCUGUCAUCGAUGACGAUGGGUGUGCUGUACGGUGGUGUCGGCCUCGUCCUUGGCAUGGCCCUCAUGUACCGACUCCAGACCAAGCGGCGUCUGCACUACAUGCAACUCGACUAAGAUCUGGCAAUGCCCUUGCAAUAUACCAACAUGAAGACUUCAACAAUCAU